CUGCCGAGGCCCAAUCAGCGGAUCAGUGCUGCCUGCCGGUGCCGGGGACUGGUGGUGAGGAGCCGCUGCAACACGUCAGGACCGGACCGUGAACCCGGAGACUGUACACACUCAGGCGAGAGGAGACACAGGAUGGAGAGGAUGUCUGAGGAGGCGCUGAGGCUCAACCUGCUGAAGCGAGGCCUGGAAUCACCCGGCGAGCGAGAGGAGGCGCUGGCCAAGCGCCUCAAAAUGGAGGGCCACGAGGCCAUGGAGCGCCUCAAGAUGCUGGCACUACUCAAACGCAAGGACCUAGCUGAUCUAGCAGCCUUGGAGGUCGCUGGGCCCCUAGGAGACAGCAAGGGAGCCGGAGCCAGCUCCCUCCACCACCAGAGCCUAAUGGGUGCUGCUUAUGAGGAGAAGCUGAAUGGGAGUCUGAGGCUGGGAGGUCACAGUGGCCAUGUUGGACCCAGUAAGAAUGGGAAGGAGAACAUCCUGGAUGAGCCAGUGGAUAUGAGCGCUGGGAGAAGAUGUGAUUCGGAGCAUGACAGACGAACUCCGUCUCCAGACGUCAUUAUCCUGUCAGACAAUGAGGCCUCCAGUCCCAGAACAACACCUCGCCCUGAGGAGCGCUUACACCAGGCCAACCUGGAUAUUUUCAAGGGGAAAACGGGGGAGGAGAGGCAGCAGAUGAUCAAAGCUCUGAGAGAGGAGUUGCGUCUGGAAGAGGCUCGCCUGGUGCUGCUUAAGAAGCUCAGACAGAGUCAGAUGCAGAAGGAGAAUGUGGUGCAGAAGGUCCCAGUGGUCCAGAAUGCUGCAUCCUCUGUUCAGCCUCCUCCGAUCCAUAGCUCUCCUGGCCUGGGGAAACUGCCUGUGAGGCCAGGCUUGCACAACCCUGAGCCCCAGAACCUCCGCACUGCACAGGGUCAUACAGUCAUCAGGUCAGCAGCCAAUGCCAACCUGCCGCCCAUGCUAAUGUCCCAGCGAGUGAUAGCCCCCAACCCUGCCCAGCUCCAGGGCCAGAGGGUCUCCUCCAAGCCUGGGAUGUCUCGCUCCAGCUCCAGCAGCAUGGCCAACGCCGUCAGCUACCAGCAGGCCAGCCAGCAGGUGGCAGCUUCCCAGCGCUCAGGCUCCAGUGCCAUGUACAUGAAUCUGGCCCACAUGCAAGCAGCAGCAGCGGCAGGGGCCAGUGGGGUGGCGGGCAGCCUGGGCGGAGCUUCGGCCGUCAGCCCGUCCACCAUGUCCGGGUCAGCCAGUGGAGGGGUGAGCUCCAUGGCCGACCAGGCCAGCAGCCAGGCAGCGGCCAAGCUGGCCCUCAGGAAGCAGCUGGAGAAAACCCUGCUAGAGAUCCCUCCACCCAAACCCCCCGCCCCGCUCCUCCACUUCCUUCCCUCUGCUGCCAAUAGCGAGUUCAUCUACAUGGUGGGCUUGGAGGAGGUGGUGCAGAGUGUGCUCGACAGUCAGGGUAAACUCAGAGGGACGCUGGCCCGCAUGGAGCCUUUCUUCUGUGCCCAGUGCAGAACCGACUUCACCCCUCACUGGAAGCAAGAGAAGAGCGGGCGAAUCCUCUGUGAGCAGUGCAUGACGUCCAAUCAGAAGAAGGCUCUGAAGGCGGAGCACACCAACAGGCUGAAGAAUGCCUUUGUGAAGGCCCUGCAACAGGAGCAGGAGAUUGAACAGAGGCUGCAGCAGCAAGCUGCCCUCUCUCCCAACUCGGUCCCUACUGGCCCCAACGCCUCCAAGACUGACACCAUGAUCCGACAUCAUGCCCUCCGCCAGGCUCCCCAGCCUCAGGCCUCCCUGCAGCGAGGUCUGUCCAACUCAGCACGAGGCGUUCUGUCAAACUUCGCUCAGGCCUCCCAGCUGUCAGUGGCCAGCAGCCUCAUGGGAAUGACUAGUGCCAAGCACUGUGGCAGCGGUGGAGGAAGCAGCAGCAGCAGUAGCAGCAAUAGACUGCAGCACGACAGCCGUCGCCAGAUCUACAACAUCCCAGGGUUAAAUAUUGCCUAUCUGAACCCAGCAGCAGUUGGCGCCCAUAAGAGCUCCAGCUUAGCAGACCGGCAGAGAGAGUACCUGUUGGACAUGAUCCCACCUCGAUCCAUAUCGCAGUCCAUCACCGGACAGAAAUGAGCCCUGACCAGCCCUCCUGCCCCACUGAUGCCACCCUCAUCCUGCCUCCUACCCCUCCUCCCAGCCGCCCCCACCCAACCCCACCCACCCACUUAUACUGAAGCACUCCCAGAUCAAGCAACAUCCCCACCCCCCAUCGCAUGCAGUGCCUGUCCGUGUGCCUACCUUAAACAAACCCAUGAAAACCCACCAAGUCAGACAAAGACACUAAACUGUCAAUGCAUCUCAAAUGUUCUUAUGAUAGUAAAAAUCUUCUUCGUCAGCGUUGUUUAACAAUUAUAAUUCCCAUUAUUAUCGCUGUUGGUAGCACUAUUAUUAUACCUGCAACUACCGUUUUCGCUUCAGUUACUAUUACUCAUUAUGCUUAUUUCUUUUGUAAGUGUUUGGUCCAUUUUUUGUUUCUCUGCUGUCUCUCCUUUACUUUGGGGAGUGACAAUGAAUCAUUGUAGGGUCGCUUUAGGCCACGGUCAUAUAGGAUUUUUUUCUCCUUUCAAUUAUAAAGCAUAGAUGUGACUAUUGCUAGUAACAGAAGAUCAACAGGGAGCAUUCUGGUUGCUAUGCAACAUAAGGUUUAACAACUUUAGCUCGUUAACUUGAAGUAACAAAGUGGAAAAUACUGAUAGGAUCAAAAACAGACAAAAUAAGUUAGUAACUGCUCUGCUUGCUCUUGAAAAGAGGAAGAAAACCCUAAUCUAAAAAUGGUGAAUGUGAGGGGGGCAUGAAUUGAAAGCAUUGCACCCACACUCAUAUCAUCACGUUGAAAGGGUCCAUUUCAAGAGCUGUUUUUACACUGACAUGCAGCUAAAGUCUAACCUGAAGUUCAGGGCAGCAUCAGAGCAAAUUAACUGGAAAUGACUGACAAAAGAUGCACGUGUACAAAAGAGAAUCCUGUGUGAUCAAAGUUUGGAGAAGUUUUCCUUUGCUAGUCACCUCCCACCAUUCCUCAUCAAAAGGUCUUCAUCGGUUUCUUCAAUUCAGAUGUCAGCCCCUCCUGUUAAAGAUUUGAACAUUUACCAGAUGGAUGUAUGUGGGACUUACCACAGCUGUACUAAUCAGGACUGACAGAAACAGCAACAUCCCCAAUGCACCAUCAGUGGACCAGCUGUCCAUACAGACUCCAGUGAGGAGGGUGUUGACAGGCAGUGGGAGAACAUCAUCUACAAAUCUACCCAGUAUUCACAGGGGGUGAUGGUCUCCACUCAGAGAGAAGCAAGUCAAUUUUCCUUCCUGGUUCCAUCACAUCUCACUACCUGCCACUGACCCGCUCCAUGCCCCCCUCAGUACCUCCAUUUAUCUGGUAUGCACAGACUGAACCCUUUUUACCCAGCAGCUCCUCUUGGCAUCACAUGUUCUGUGAGAAAGUGAAACGAACUGAAAUCUGAAGGUGGAAUCACAUUUUGUUAAUCCAGACUACAGAUUCUGUACCUAGAAACCUACAAAUCUGGGUUCCUUUUCUUCUUCUAUUUGGGUUUAUAGAUUGUUUUCUGAUUGUUGCCCCGCCCCCCACUUCCCAUUCUUUAUUUUGGUUUGUUUAUUAGUUUUUUUUGCGGCGUCUCCUAAUGAAUAGGUGGUGUGCCUGAGAGGUAUUAGCCCCCGGAGACGAUAAUAAUCAACAUAGCUAAAAACAGAAACUAUUGAAAUAUCUGUAUGGAUUAUGUGUAGAUACCUAGCUUCAGAUUAAAAAAAAAAAAAAAAAGGAUGGGGAUUAUAUCUUUUAUGGGAGAGAAAUGGAUCAAUCAUUGUGUGCAUGCUCUGCACACAAGUUCCCUCACUCCAGAGGAGCACUUUGCAUAUUUCCAAUUGGAAAAACUUUUUUUUUUCUUUUUUUUUUUUUUUAAAGAGGAAAAGAAUGU